UUUGUUUGUUUUACUCGAGAUUUCGUCAAAAGUAUGCCAAAAAAACCAAGAAAUUGGACGAAGAAAGUGUUACUUCAAACCAUUUCGCAAAUAUUGAAACUUGAAAAAUAAAAAAGAGGGUGGAAGAACUCAAGUAUUAUUUAUAGCGCGUGCACUAUUUAUUCAAACUUUAAUUGAAACGUUGAACAAUUUGGAAAAAUAAAGACUGGGGCCAGAAGGCGACCUCGCCGACCGGAAGCCUCUGGUCAACAGCUCUUCCUCCGGGUCUCCAUCUCCAGCUUUGUGCACGUCUUUAACCGGAUCGGGUUCAGAGGCAGCACAAGUGGAGGGGUGGCAUUCCAACGCAGCAGCGUCAAGGUCUCUCACUUCUUCUUUCCCGUGCUCAAAGCCAGCAAACCAAGUGCCACGAGCGAGAAAGACAGCAUCCACAUAGUGGUCCAGUUCGAUUGACAUUCUCGCAUACUUUCAACGGUUUCAAACGGUUUUCUCUCGAAACCACCACCUGGUGCAGGGUUCGAAAACGGUUAUGCGUGGAGUGACUCGGGUGUGUGUUGGUGCGGUUCUCGACCGUUAGUUGGACAUGAAGUGCAGAAGGCCCAUAUAAGUCACCACCACCACCAUGUAAACCCACCCAUCGACCAUGUCGUCCCCAUCGCCCGACCCGCCAAAAUCCCCCGACCACACCUACCAAUCGAGCGAGACCAGCGACCACGGCCUCCUCAGCCACUGUCCCUGCACCGACAAACCCCUCGACUCGUCCAAAACCGACCUCCACAGCCACUGCAUCCCCAAAUCCUCCCACCACCACAACAUCAUCAGUCUAAGCCAUGUCCCGGCCAACACCAACCACAUCCACCCCAUCAACCAAUCCGUCCAUGUCCACGUCCAUGCCUCGCCAAAGACUGCCCAUAAAAUCGUCCCCUCGACCUGCACCUGCCAUCUGCAAGAGGACCCGGACGUCAUCGUCGAAGCCGAGCCCCAAGGCCGGAAAUUGGACGAUGAUAGAAUCGAAGUGUCCAAUUUACCGCCGGCGCUGCCGCCCAGACCACCCCCGAGGCCUAGGCUCGAGGGGACCAUCGGGUCCAGACACAGAAUUAGGAGUUCAAAUCCGAGCAACAGUGGCGUCCGAAAAUACGUCUUCUGGUGCUGCGCUUGUGGCGGAUUGGCUACAAUUUUAGGGACGAUGUUUCUAGCUGUGUACUUCCUCCUGCGUUCUUAUACCUCCACGUUAGGUUAUUUCGAAACAAUACCUACUUUUGUGCCUGCCACUAUGUUGAUUUUGACCGGUCUUUGCGUGAUGAGUCUCGCCAGGCGGAAAAAUCGAUAUAGUUAUCUGAUCAAAGUGUGUGGCUUGUGUUGUUUGGUUUGUGCCCUGACUUGUGUCCUAGUCACAAUCACAACCACCGUGAUUCACAUGAACCGACUCCAAACACUUCGUGAGUGUGUCUACACUCAGAAAACUCGUACCUGUAUUUGUUAUUCAGUCUUGUUAGAAUCACACGUCCAUGCCGACGAUGAAAUUAAGUUUGUGUUUAAUUCCACUCCCGACUGUGAAGUGAUCCACGGCGCCCUUUAUUCGUGUCUAAGGGCCAUGUUUGGACUAUCAGUUAGCGGGAUCUUGGUCUGCAUUUUCUCGUGUAUGUUGGUUUACCAGCUGUUAAGCCACGAAAAAAAGAAAAUGUACUGGGAACAGCUGGAGCUGAGAUGUCGCUCGUUUUACCAACAACACGCAAGUGGCCCUACGAGCACCCAUGGCUCAGUCAGAGGGCCCCCAAUAACCCCAAGCACGUACUGUAGCUGUUGCGAGGAGUGUCGGUACCCCCCACUUCCAAUAGGCCCACAAGUGUACCCAUGGGACAGUCACCACCCAACUGACCGCUUUUGGACGCCAGGACGCGUCGGCAACUUUUACUCCCCCAACCCGGGGGAGGACGGCCUCCCCGGGGACACCUCCACUCGCGACCGCACCAGCGGCUGGAGCUGGCGCCGCCUCCCCUGGACCCGCACCAACAACCAAACGGAAAACCCCCGAGACAACUCCUUGACCUAUCAAGUGGGUUCCAGCAGUGCUGACAGCCAAUACGGCUUCAGCAGCCGAACUGGGGAAAACGUCCCCCAGGACCCCAACACCGGGUCCACCGGCUCCUACAGCGUCCUGGACAACCGCCCCCCAAUCGGAGGAGUCUACGUCUGGGGCCCUCCACCCCCCUAUUCCAAUCCCAACUCGCCAGCCCGCCGCCCCCUGCAAUCACCAGCGCGGUACCACCACAUCCACCACCACUUGCACGAAUCGCACUGUCAAAUGAACGAAGAAAACCAAUUCCGAGGGUCGAGGAGAACGCGUCUCCAUUGCAAAGACAAUUACGAGAAUACGACGGAAGCCGAAGUCCAACAACCGAAUGACAAUGGGGAAAGUACCGAUAGUUCCAGCUGCGUGGACCGGAUUUCCCACACCCUCCCCGUGCGAAAAAUGAAAAAGAAGACAGACAUGGCGUCUGUUAAAUCGACCAAUCAAACCAACAGUCGCACCAACGUCCAAAACGUCUUCGCCCAAAACAAGGACGAACCCAAAAACGAAGACGAAGAUAAACCGAAACCCGAAUGUCGGUUCCUUCCCCGUUUACAAGGCGUUGAAAACGCAGCCUUCCAAAAACAGGAAACUCCACAAAAACCGGAAACUUCCGAGUCGGAAGUGUAUUUCGCUGACGUUAGUAGUUGUUGUAACAUUUCGGUGCGAAAUGACGGCCAAGACUCAUCCCUCUAUGACGAAGCGCUCGUUGACUCCCAAAAACCACGUCUCAUGUCCUUGCAAAAACCAGAGUGCCAACAAGAAAACCACCCACCGUCGAGUGUGCCCCAAGACGAGGAUUAUCUAACCCAUCGAAUGGGCAACCGCCAAAUGUCCACCAGGAGUCGCAUGCCGUUCCCGCUCCCGUCCGAGGAACUCCCCGACUUGCAACUCCUGCCAAAGGACAUCUCCCAGAACAGUCUGAGCAGUGUCCAGUCCCCCAUGACUGAAACCACCGACGAUGGUUUAACACCGGUCGAUUGUUGUAAUUACUUCCCCGAGAAAGCGUUCACUGAGCAUUUUCUCGCCCCCGAUGCGCAAUAUGAGGUGGUGCAAGAGUCGAGUAAUCUCACGAACACCAUUUCGGGCUUGAACAACUUCGGCCAGAGUUAUUACAAUCAGAACAAGUCUGGAUUUAAUUAUACUACAAGUCCAAAGAAUGUGCCAAAUCGGAGAAACAUCGGGUCGAAUAUCUCGGCUCUGAUCCAGAAUUUGGGCGGAAAUGCGGCGGGGCUUUUGUAUGGAGAGGCGAACAGUGCGGAUGAAGAGGUGCAAGGACAGGGGUGUCACAGUGACGGGACGAUUGAUUCGGGGUGGCAUAGUGGGUCCGAAAAGGUGGAGAGUAAGAAAGUGGACGGUGACGAGCCGGUGAACGUGUAGAGACUGAGAAAAGUUGAUAAAAUGUUGUUCUGUAUGUACUUAUAUUUUAUAAUAAAGACGUUCACAUUUAGA